UAAACCUCCACAGAAGCAAAAUGGCCGUCAGUAAACUGAGCGAUCCAGCAGCGAAUGACAGUCAGCGAGGGGUUGUGCAUGUUUUGUUUACAGCUUGAGAACUACACUUCUUCAGAAACGGAUGUUCGCCUUUCUGCGUCUUUUUUAUACAUUUCCCUUUUCGGUGAUGUCAUUUCUUAUUCAAUUUAGCCUUGAAAGCCUCGAAGAACUAGCUCGCUAGGCUAGCUCUCUUGCUAGCAGUAGGUCUGCAAGAAUUUUUGCACAGAAGCACUUUAUGUCUUAUGUGAUUUCCGAGACAGGAGAAUCAGGAAAGGGAAGAAUAGUUCAUGGAAGACAAGAAAAAGAAGAAAGAAGAUAAAAAGAAAAGGGAAACCUCUCAGAAGGUGCCAGAACAGAAAAUCAAAGUGCCAGAGCCAGCCAAGCCCUCUACUCAGUCACUUGCCACCCCUGGCUCAGUGUCCCCCAGCCCUGGCCCUGUUUGCCCCUCAUCCCCUUGUCCUGUUGCAGCUGGGGUUUCUGCACAGGUUCCUCCUGGUGGUGGGAACAAUGCAAAGCAGCAGACUGCUGUGGCCAACGGACAGCCCUCCACCUCCCCUGCUGGAAGCCAGACAUCCCAGCAGCAGCGUUACAUGUCCAGGGAGGUACCUCCGAGAUUUCGCUGUCAGCAGGACCACAAAGUGCUACUGAAGAGGGGCCAACCACCACUGUCCUCUAUGCUGCUGGGGGGAGGUGGAGGGGAAGAAGGUGGAGGAGGCAACAGUUGGGUUGUCGCCCCAUCUCUGUCAUCACAGGGAGCAGAUAACCCCAGUGCAAACACAACUGGAGCCACAGAUUUCAGUCUAGGUUCGUCUUCCCUUUCACCUCCCCAGUCGUCCUCAUCAUCAUUAUGUGUUGCCACUUUGUCAUCAUCAUCUACUAGUACUUCAACUUAUGCAAAUUCCACAUGGAGGGCAGGCUCUGGCAGCCAGUCCUCUUCUCAGGGCUGUGAAAAGGUGAUUGUGGAUGGGACUGACCUGGAGGAUUGGCCUAGCAUCCUAGGUGGGGCCAAAUUGGUUUCUCAUGGGGUUGGUGGAGAAGGACAGGAUCAAGACUGCCCCAGUAACAACAGCGCUAGUGCCUCUUGGAAUGAGAGAAGCAUCAAGUAUAAGGGAGGAACAUCAUGCAGCUUGGACAAUCCUUCCCCACCUCGCUCUUCUCCUGUUUCGUCUUCAUCCUCACUUAAUGAAUGUGUCCAGUCAAGUGGUGUUUCGUGGGGCUCCUCUACCUCUUCUCAGGUGGAGGCAGGGCUGGGAUCAGCAGCAUUUUAUAAUUCCAAAGUCUCUCAUGUUCCUGGCUCUCAGGAAUACCCUGUGGGUGGCAGCAGUAUCCCUGGUGCCAAUUUCAACCCUAACAUGAACCCUUCUGCCUGGCCUGCCUUGGUUCAAGGUGGGACAUCAACCACUGAAGCACUUCCUCUAUACACAUCCAAUACUUCAGCUUCCACAUUGUCUGUCAGUACCACCGUCAUUACCACUCACUCUGCUGGCCUCCAUCAGCAGCACUCUGAGACAGCUGGGGUAAACAGGGGUGGGGAGCAGCAGCAGCACUUGGGAAACCUAGGGCCUGAGUUGAGUUCAGAUGCAGGAGCACAAGAAGCAGGACCAAAUCAAGAAGGCGGUAAUAAUGGGGAGUGUGGCAGUGGUAACAUUGAAGGAGAAGGAAGCAGUAAUCUUUCCAGCUGUUCGUCUUCCUCCUUAGCGGCCUCUUCCUCAUGGCGAUCAAGGCCUCCAACAUCCUCUGACCUCAGUGCAGGUGCCUCACAGAAAGAUGGUUGGGUUGGAGCAGGUGCUGGAGCUCAGGAGCAGGAAGGGAAUGUGUGGAGCUUUGGUAACCAGGGUGAUAAAGCAGAAUGGGGUCCGGGAAAUGAUGAUAGCUGCAAUACCCCAGUAGUAUCUCAGGGAGUGUGGGAGGGAAGUAGUUCUGAACCAGGGUGGGGUGAUACGGCAGGAGGAGGUAGUUCAAGUAACUUAGCAAUAGAAAGUGAAAGAGGACAAGAGGUAAGCAGCAGCAGUAGUGGAGGCAAUGUAGUUAGUGGUAGUGGAGUUUUACAAGACUCUUCUACACCAACCUUUGCAGCUAUGACUAAAGCUUGGGACAAUCAGAAAGGGAUGGGAAGUGGGGAUGGAGCAUUUGGGGAAUGGAGCGAAGGGGGGCAGAGUGGAGGUACUGGUGGAGAAGAACAUUCAACAUCUAGUGGAGGGGGGUCCACUGUGGGAAGUGGUGGAGAAGGUAGUGUCAGUGGACAGGUGCAGGAGAAUGCCUCAUCUGCCCGUAACCGCUCCAAAAACACCUCCAAUGCUGAAGUGGCCUUACUUAGUAUACUCAGUCGAUCUGACCUGGACCCCAGGGUUCUGUCCAACACAGGCUGGGGGCAAACACAGGUUCGACAGAAUGUGGCCUGGGACUUGGACAACACAACAGGAGUAGGAAACAGAAAUGAAAAAAGCACGUCAUCAUCUUCACAAUUUUCAUCUGCGACCAUGAACACUACAACUAGCCGUAAUACUGGGUAUCCAGCUAACACAAGUUCAAUUAGUCACAAUUCAUCUGCUAACAAUUACAUGCCUGGCUUGAACUCUGGCCCUACAUCAGCGAGAGAGGGGUGGAAUGGUGGUCCAGUGCAGUCCAACUGUGGUCCUCAAGGGCCCAGUAUUACAGCAAGGAAGUCUGAAACUUCAGAAGAAGAUAUGGUGAGUAACCAGAGAAAGCUGGUGGGAGGCUGGGGUGAUAUUCCACCUGAAAGCCAGAGCAAACGAUGGGGUACCGAAGAACAAAAUUGGGGGGAUCAUGGAGGACAAGCUGGAAACUGGCAAGACUUUGGAGAAAAGGGUAGUGCUUGGGUAGAGGGUGAAGAAGAUAAAAAGACAGGGGGAUGGAAAGGUACUGUAACAGGGGAGCCUAGCUGGAAAGCACAGUGUGGUGGAGGAGAAUGGGGACAAAGAGACUCCAUAUCUGGAAGUGGGUGGGGAGAGGGCCGAAUUAGGGGUGGAAGCAACUCUGAUGAGGGCUCUUCCUGGGGUAAUUUGGAUGAAGGGGGUUCUCAGAGAGUAGGUUGGGGAGGGGGUGACGUGGGUGGAGGCAAAUCCCCCGAAGAGUGGGGGAGCGUCAAGCUGCACACAACAGCAACACAGAUACCAAACAGCCAAGUGGCAACAAGGAAAUCCCAAAAUCAACAGCAGCACCAAUCACAAGGCCAGCAGCCACCAGGAGGACCUGUGCAAGUAGGGUGGAACAACCGUCCCAAUGUUGGAAGUGGAGGUUCAUCAUUCAAGAAUCAGAGCCAAAGUACAGGGUGGACCUCUGGUCCUAUCCCACAAAUUUCUGGAGGUGGGGGGGACUCUAUAGAGUCUAGUGGCUGGGAAGAACCCUCUCCUCAGUCCAUUAGCCGCAAAAUGGAAAUUGAUGAUGGCACUUCAGCCUGGGGAGACCCAAACCGGUAUAACAACAAGAAUAUGAAUUUAUGGGACAAGAACAGUGCUGGAUCUAGUCAAAGCCACAGUCAACAGGCCCCACUGUCAUCCAUGCAGCAACACCCACCUAGAAGGCAGCAGGGGAUUCAGCACAGCAGGGAUCCAAACCCUGGACAUGCAGCAGGCUCAGGUAUAUGGGCUGGAGGUUCACAAUCUGUGGACAAUGGCACAGCUGCUUGGGGGCAGGCAUCAGAUGCAACAACAGGUUGGGGUGACACAGAUGACCCAAGCAAAGUCUCUGGAUGGGGAAACCCUUCACCUAAGCCUGUCUCCAAGUCAAUCGAGACCUGGGCUGGAAAGAGUGAGUGCUCUGUGACUGCUUCCCGUCACCCAAGCUGGGAUGAGGAAGAUGACUGUGGUGGAGGAGUCUGGAACAGUACAGGCUCCCAGGGAAGCAGCUCCUCCUUUAACUCUGGAGGUUGGGGUCAUGGGACAAAGAGGGGCAACAUGAAGAGUGGAGGUGGAGACAACUGGAUGAACCCAGUAUCACGCCAAUUUUCAAAUAUGGGUCUCCUGGGUGAUGAUUCAGUUCUUGACAAGAAAAUGGAAGGAGAAAAGAGAGGGUUAAAUGACUACAAUGGAGACAUGCGACGGGCAGGAAAAGGUGGAGUGUACCGCAUGCCAGGUUCCAAAGAAAUGGGUCCUGUUGAUAUGGGGUCCUAUGGUGAAAAGAUGAGUGGCCACGGACUGUUCACUGGUAGUGGUGGAGGCAUACCUCAACCUCGAGGGAUACACCAGCCUGGCUUGCAUCCCAUGAACCCUUCACAGGGUUUGCGUGCUCAAGUGCCUCAUCAGUUCCUGUCUGCACAGGGCCCUGUGCUGAAACAGAUGCCCUCUCCUGGUGGCAGUGUGGUUGGAGGAGUAGGAGGUGUUGGUGGCGUUGGAAGUGUUGGAGGUGUUGGUGGUGGAGUAUUCCCUCCUCAGAUUUCCCCACAGCAGCUAGCAAUGCUCAACAACAUUUACCCCCACAUGCAGCAGUUCCAUCUGGCUUGUCAACUCCUGCUACAGCAGCAGCAACAACAGCAACAGCUCCUGCAGAACCAGCGGAAGUUUCCUCAACCUCAGCCUCUGAGGCAGCAACCAGACCCCCAGCAGCUGGCAAGAAUUAUGGCUAUUCUUCAGCAGCAGAGACAGCAGCAGCAGGGAGGAGCUGGAGGAGCAGCAGCUGGAGUUGGAAGCUCCAAACUAUCUCCAUCCCACCUGGGAGGAAGCAUAGCCAAACAAUCCAUCAUAGACCCCCUUCCACAUCCUGGAAUGGGUGGCACUUUAUCAGACCUUCAUGCCAAAACACAAGGCAUGUACUCUAGUCUUUCUCCUGGUGGAAACCUGUCAAGUUUGGAGCUCAGUCCCAUGAUGGGUGGAAUGGGAGGGAUGAAGGAUGCAGGAGGACAACAGUCCCGCUUCAAAUGGAUGAUGGAAGGACACUCCCAAACUCCUUCUCCCCCUGACACAGCCCUCCACAAGAAUGGCCCUUUGCCCAGUACUAUAAAAAUCAGGGGUGGAUCCCCAUACUCUCAAUAUGAAAUGCUGGGUGGCGAUGAUUUGGUGAUUCCCCCUCAACCCCCUGCAGACAACUGGCACAGGACCCCUGGGAGUAAAAUGGGGACCAAACCUGCAACAUCUAGCUGGCCUCCAGAGUUUCAGCCUGGUGUGCCGUGGAAGGGAAUCCAGAGUAGUGGAGAUCCAGAAUCUGAUCCCUAUAUGACCCCUGGUAGUGUUCUUGCCUCCCCAGGACCCACAAGCCUCAAUGACUCAGACCACCAGUUACUGCGGGACAACAUAGGGCCAAACUCCUCCCUCAACACCUCGCUGCCUUCACCUGGUGCCUGGCCCUACAGUGCCUCAGACAGCCCACUCAGCAAUGCACACAGCACAGGAAAGUACUCUGAGUACAAGCCCAGCUGGCCCCCAGAGCCCAUCGGACAAAACAAACUGUGGAAGACUAAUCGCAACAGUUCUCAGCUGCCACGCCCUCCACCUGGACUAACCAAUCAAAAGCAUGCCUCGGCUUCCCCAUGGAAUAGUGCAGGCGGACGGAUAGCCCGGGGAUGGGGAGGAAUCAACCAAGACCCAAGAUUUGGGCCAGGCUCGGCUUGGAGUGAGGGUGGGACUUCCAAAGGCAGCUGCUGGCUACUGUUGAGAAACCUGACCCCUCAGAUUGAUGGCUCCACACUGAAGACUAUCUGCAUGCAGCAUGGUCCUCUGCUGACCUUCCACCUUGGCCUGACCCAGGGCAGUGCUUUAAUUCGUUACAGCAGCCGGCAGGAAGCAGCCAAGGCUCAGGGUGCACUGCAUAUGUGUGUCCUGGGCAACACCACAAUCCUGGCGGAAUUUGUGAGUGACGAAGAAGUCGCUCACUAUUUUGCACAUUCCCAGGCUGGUGGGGCAGAUGGAGGCAACACAGGUAGAUCAGCAGGUGGUGGGGCCCAGGGUUCAUCUGGAACGGGUGCAGCGGUGGCUGGCAGUGGAGGCAACUCCCCGAGUUGUGAACGAGCAUCAGUGGGGACAAAUUCAGGGGGUGGCGGUGGAGCAGAAAGUGGAACAUCAGUUUUGGGUAGUGUGAGGCCCUCUGGUUCCAGCUGGCAGAGUCUCGAUGGUACAGGCACUUCUUCAGAACCCUCCUCAGGCCAAGGAUCUGGCUUGGGGAUAUUUUCCCAGUGGAGCACUAAUGGGGCGGGCGAAGGAGGAAGAGUUGGGGUCGUAGACUCUGGUAGGUCUGGGCUUUGGGGGGGUGUGACUACAGGGUAUCCCAGCAGCAGUCUGUGGGGGUCACCGCAGAUGGAGGAACGGCACCAAAUGGACAGUCCUGCCGCUUUGUUGCCUGGUGAUCUGCUGGGAGGAGGAGCCGAUUCCAUCUGAUGUACGUGUAGGUUUGAACAUACUGAUACAGCAAACACUGGGAUAAAGUAUGUACUUAAUAUAGCACACACAUACAAAACAAUUUACAUGGUAUGCAUAUUAAUGUACUACAUGUGCAUACAUAUACAUAGUAUGCAUAUUGAUGUGCACACAAGCAGAAAUGUGAGACAUGCUUACACACAUUUUUGUGGCCAGACUUAAGCUAUUAUAUCAACAAAUGCAGGGACUGUUAGAUGCGUAUACAGCCUUUUUCCACAGAUGAAGAUUUCAACUGCUUAGACUUGAACCUGAAAAAGAAUGAAAAGUCAGUUGGUCUGAAAGACUUGACUGGAUUGCAAUGUGCUUAGUGAGUAGGAGACUUUUCAACAGAACUGCAUACACAUGCACACACCAAAUACAGAUGAGCCUUCAGACAGAUGGGCACUGUAGACACAGCGUUACCUUCUUAUCAGAGAACUUAAAACUACUACACGACGUGAUGUUCAAAGUGCAGUUUGUAUUCCAGUCCUCUUUAGAAAAGAGACUGAGUCCAAACACAUGCAAACACGCAGCUCUGAUUGAUAACAGAACUGUAUUUUACUGUGUAUGUUAAGUUUGUUUUUGUUUGUAUGUAUGGUUUUAAGUUUUUGGACAGUGGAAUUAAUGA